AUGUUUGGUCACUCGUUACCGGGGCCACCACAACAAGCCGACUCCAAGAUUGGCAAACCGAUACCUUUCCUUUCCAUCGCCCCAAGACUCCAAGGCGCCUGCCUGUAUCAAAAAAACAAAAAAAGAAGCGCGAAACGGGAUUUCCAUGCUGAAAUAUUGAAAAACCAGACAAUUGCAGACAUAACCUGCUAG